CCUGGGUGGAGGGUGUUCUUAGUCAGGGUAGGCUAGCUCAGGGCUAAAGUCAUAAAUCAUAAGUCGUAGGUCAUAACAUACCAAGGGCAUUAUGUGUGAUUAUUUUUGUUCCCGGAAUAAUGAUUAAUGAUUAUUAUUUGGUGAGAAGAAUCCUACCAUUGGGUAGGAAGUACGAAGUACUGGCAAAGAAUAGCAGCAGACACCGUUCGAGCGGUCCAUGCCGCCUUGACCGGUGGACCCCCCCCCCAAGGGAAAAAGAUCAGUCAGGGCUGCAGAAGCCAGCGGGAAAGAAGGAGAAGUGGUUCGGGUUCGGAUUCUGGUUACAGUUAUUUUUACUCAGGCUUAAUUUGGAUCCUAUGGCAGUCAGAUUGGUACAGAUAUUCUCCAUAAUUAUUGGCUGCGGCAACUUUGCGAUUCUCUUCACAUUGGUGGGGGAAGGGGCGAUUUUCAUUUUCCGUGUUCCUUGGCCUUUCGGGGGCCCUGAUGCUGAUACACUAACUAACUAAUACGGAGCCUAAUAAUACUUGCGCAGAAAGUUUGAACUAACCCCUCGUACAUCUGGCAGGAUGAGCUGCCCUGUCACUAUACGGCGCACUAAGGAAGAGAAUGGAGGUAGGUAGAUACUUUGGAAACAACACCAGACCCUACACGGCCAUGCCCUCCUUGCUGGUUGCUCUUUGCUUUUUCCUGUUGCUUGCCCAGCUGGUGACAUCAGUCCGGGCUGACCAUUCAUGCCCACGAUCAUGGGCUGAAGUCUUGAUUCAAGGCC